AUGGACAAACCCGAGGUGGUGGAGCGAUGCUCCGCCACCGCAGGGCUCUCCUUGGGCGAGUACAAUGCGAUUUGUUUCUCUGGGAUGUUGAGCUUCGAGGAGUGCCUCAAGGUGGUCCGCGUCCGAGCCGAUGCCAUGCACGAGGACCGGGACCUCGGCGAUGCAUGCCAUGCGAUGAUCUCGGUGGCCGGGUUAGACCACACCGUGCCGUGGCCAGUGGAACCAGACGGGUCGGACGGAGAGCCGCGCCGCGCGCUGCGCAGAGCUCGGGUCUUGGAGGCGCUUUGUGAGAAAGCAGCCCGACAAGCGGGACAUUUAGGAGACCGUGAGGCUGUGUGCAAGGUGGCGAACCACUUGUUUCCCAAAGGCUACACUUGCUCGGGCGACUUGCCCGCCGUGGAGAUCCUCAAAGGCCUUUGUGAGAAGGAGGGCGCCUUGCAAGCACGUUUCCUGAAGACCUCGGGUGCCUUCCACACCUCCUUGAUGGAACCAGCAGGUGGCAAGCUCUUGAAGGCGCUCCGCGUGAGGGUCACGGACAUGAACUUCCCCCGUGUCGACGUCUAUACCAACGUCCGUGGAGGGCCUCAAAAGGCUGGCACUGACCCCCGCGAGAUCAACUAUGACCUGGCAGCGCAGGUGGCAAGCCCAGUCCUUUGGCAGGCCAGCAUCCAGGCCGAGUCCUUCCACUGCGCUUACCGCGCGCGCCGGGGGGAGAUGUUGAAGAACGGAAUCACGGACUUCUAUGAAUGUGGUCCCAUGAAGCAGCUCAAGGCAUCGGUUUCCAACGCUUUCAACGAUCCAGUCUCAGUCUCGCGUGGUCGUGGGGCGGGUGGCGCGGGUGGCGGUGGUUGGUCUAGUUGGUUCACCGAACCAGAAAGCAUCAGAUUGGGCCAGAAAGUAUACAUCAUUGGUGUCUUGGAGAUCGGCUGA